CCGCGCUGCCGUCGGUUCCGGUUGCCACAAAGUAUCUGUCAAAUACUGCGAUAUCCGAUAAAUCGCCGGGAGAAUAACACAGGCGAAGGAGCCUUGCAGUGCAGACAGUGGAUACCAAGCCCCUGGUGCGCCCCUCGCAUCGCCGCUCUCUAACGACGACGGGACUGCACGCUUUUCCGACGCCGCCGUCGCCGCGCCAAACAACAAUAAUGAAAAGCGCCAGGCGCGAGCAGACGAGCUAAGUGGCCAGUGCAAGCAGUUUUUCCGCAAUUCCGGCUGCCACCGCGUAUCGGGCCGCUUCUCCAGGGCUGCCAGCCAGUGCAAUAAAAUCAAAAUAGUCGCAGGCAAAAUCCUCGGUACACGCACACACAGCAGACGUCUGGGGAGUGUGUGCGAGUGAGUGCUGGUGUGGGUGUGCGCUCGGCGCAGGCGCCAUUCGGGCUUCCCUGCAUUAGUUGCUUCUGGCAGGUCCCAGCACUGCGAUCGAAAGCCCUUGCCGGCGACUAUCAUGUAGAAUACCAUAUCAGGACCGCGCAAUCGAAGUCAGAGAGGAAUCAUGGUGGAAUCCUCCAGUCUGGGGAGGACCCCGCCGGCGGCCCAGCAGCCCAUUCCGCAGCAGCACUCCCCCUCCCCCUCGGGUCUGCGGUGCGGCAACAUGGAGACGAGGGUGCGAGGCGCCUGGUACCGCGUCCUCGUCACACUGGAAACGGACUUCCUGGCCGUCAGCCUGGACGAGUCCUGUGAGGCGGCGCAAGCUUCCAACGAUGGACAGUCUACCACUCUGAACGGAACCUUGGGGAGCAAUCACAGUGGAGGAGCCGGUGGCGCCGGAGGAGGUGGGUCUGGCGGAGCUGGCCAGAACGGCACCCUGCCCAGCUCCGCCUCGCUGCAGGGGAUGAAUAUCCAGGACACGGAGCUAGAUGGCUCGGGGGGCAACGACAAUGGAGACCGCGACCUCUGCCUGAACAACAACAAUGCCGGCGACGGGGGCGGCAUGGAUAUGUGCGACGUACCUGAUCAUGUGGCCAACCAGAAGCGGCAUGUGCGGAUCAUCAAGUCGGAUAACAACGGCCUGGGCAUCUCCAUCAAGGGUGGUCGCGAGAACCGUAUGCCCAUCCUCAUCUCGAAGAUCUUCCGAGGCAUGGCCGCCGACCAGGCCAAGGGACUCUACGUGGGCGACGCCAUCCUGACGGUCAACGGGGAGGAGCUGCGGGACGCCACCCACGACGAGGCGGUGAGGGCCCUCAAGCGGUCUGGUCGAGUGGUGGAUCUGGAGGUUAAAUUCCUACGCGAAGUGACGCCCUACUUUCGGAAGGCCAGCAUCAUCUCGGAAGUGGGCUGGGAACUGCAGCGCGCCUUCCUCUGUCCGCUGGGACCGGGCGUCCCCACCUCGCCGCCCGCCCCGAAGACGACCCCCCGGGCGGAUACGCGAUACAUCCCGCUGCAGCUGACGCAUCUGGCCAGGAACCUCAAGUACAUCGACCCUGAGAACCGCUGCUUCGAGCUGCACUCGCCGGACGGAGUGCACUCCUGCAUCCUGCGAGCAGCGGACUCAGCGGAGGCCUUGGUCUGGUUCAAUGCCCUCCACUCGGCGAUGGGCAGCAGCACGCAGCGAGCUUUGGCCGAGGCCAACCGGGCGCUGACCAACCUCAUCGGCGAGCUGAAGCACAUCGGCUGGCUGAGCAAGCGGAUGAGCGGCGGUGGCGGCGGGAGUUCUGGGAGCGCCGGGGGCGGAGCGGCCAGCGGGGGCAGCGGCACCUCGAACAGCGGCGUGGCCGGCGAGCUGGUAAGUCCCAGCGGUCGUUCCAGUUCGGAGAGCUCGGAUGAGAGCGACAAGUGGCUGCCCAUAUUCGUGGCGGUUACGGAGCGUGAGUUCCGGAUCUACGAGAGUGCUCCGUGGUCGGUGGAGGCCUGGAGUCGUCCCCUGGAGAUCUACGCCCUGGCCACGACGCGUUUGGCAGGGGCCGGCAACAAUUCAUCCCUGAAUGGCCAGCAGACCACGGUAUUCUGCGUCCGCUGCGGCACGGCCCGCGGGGUGCUCGUCUACUGGCUGCGCUCGGAGACGCACCGGGACAUGGCCGCCUGGGCCAGAUCCCUCGUUCAGGGCUCCCACCAGGCGGUCAACUACCAGAGGGAGUUCUCCUUCCGCUGCCUCUUCCAGGGCCGGCAGUGUCAAUUGGUUGUGCACAUAAAUCGAGGCUUCUUUCUGUACGACUGCGGCGGAUUCGCUCCAACCACUCCGACGGUGGCCACCUCCAAGACGCAGCUGUGGCAGUUCGCCUUCGACAAGCUAAAGGGCUCCGCGGAUGACGGCACCAGGAUGUUGUAUCUGGACUUCGGCGAUGACGGAGAGAUUGAACUGGACAUGGAGUGCUGCCCCAAGCCGGUUGUAUUUGUCGUGCACAACUGCCUGUCGGCCAAGGUUCACAACAUUGCCUAGGACGAGGUUGACCUGGAGGGAAAAGCCGAUAAUUGUUGAUGUUUUGGGUACAGUGGAUUUCCGUACCGUGAAAACAAUUUAUUUAACUAUUAGGCUGUCCAAAGCUGUAUUGUUUGUCGAAAGAGUAUUAUCACUAUUAUUUCUCAGACGCUUAGUCUAACCUCUCAUAAUCCGAGCUACUCAGCAUGUUUGGACGAUUUAUCUAAGUGCAAUGUUUCGUUAACUCUGUCAAUUAAGCAAGAUUUAAUUAAGAUUUGAGCGAUUUGUAGAUCAGCCUAAAAGCUGACCACGAAGUUAUGAUUCAAACGAAAUUCGUUCUCUGUUUUGCCCAAAAUAUUAACAUUUAUGAAUGGAAGUCCUA